AUGGAUAGAGUGCUGAAACGUGUGGGUCUAUCAAAAAGAACACAAUCAGAAAACGAUACUCGGGUGACGGCCACUUCGGGCGAUAAUGUAAAAAACCGUCGGCGAAGGCGCUCAAAAUCACGAAGACGACCCUCCGCAGCGGACAGCAAUAAAAAAUCACGCGGUAUAUUUAAUAUUGAUUGGGAUUCUGUAAAAGACUGCAAAUCUUGUAAAUCGAGAGCGAUCACGAAACGGUUUUGUAGCAAAAGAGCUGACAACGAACUUUAUAGGUCUAAUAGUUUCAAAUUUGAACGAUUUAUCCGAAACAGUGACGAUUUGUCGCCCGUUAAAAGGAAGAUCUCCUUGUGUGAAGAUUACAGUUUACCAGUCGACCACUUAGCCCAAUUAGCAAAAAAACGACCAAAUAGCAUAGCCGUGUCCAACAAUUGCUUUAUUUCGCAAAAUUUUUCCGAACUUAUAAUUUCAAGUCCCGAAGAAGAACAGGUUGUAGUAUUAGACACAUAUUCAACUCCAAGAGAUUCCCAACAGCAACUAACUCAGGAAGAUAACGAAACAAAGUGUUUUACUAGUCCAGAUAAGGAAUAUUCGCAACCGUAUACUACUGCGUACAUCGACGUUUCAGAGGAGUCCUCAAAUCCUACAUCAGACGAGGAAUUUGCCUAUCCUUCGGCAUCCAAGCAGGAUCCGCUAAAUCUCAAUUCACCUGAUAGUAUAAACGAAUGCACCGCGUUAGCUCCUUGUACAAUUCUAGACGUUUUGUCGCCAAAUAAAACAGAAUCUGCAAACGCCAAACGACACCCGUCACCGUACUAUUACGGUGACCUUUUUAAAUAUAAAACUGCGGAGACUUCAUCCCCACCUAAGAAAAAUAGUAUCAGAAGGAACCAAAGCCUAAAACAACAAGAGAAGUCUGAGUCAACCAGAAGAACCAAAUCUACAAGAAAACACCGAAGAAGUACUGGCGACGGUGGGGAAUUUCUAUUAUAUAAAGAGAAGACUUUAAGAAGCAAACAGCAACUAAGACAUAAGAAGAGUUCCAGUUUAGAUAGUCAUAGUACAGACUCCCGCGAUGCAUCUAACGGCAGUAAUCAACCGCAGCUUCAGCUUCAAAUGCCGCCUAAUCAUAGCUUAAAUGUUUCUACAGCCUUUGAAGAUGGAUUAGACGAUAUGACUCGCCAAAGGCAUGUCUACGAAACCGCAUUUGAUUGUCGUAUCAGCAAGUCAGAUGACGACUUAGACCAGAUUGACAAAGUUAGUAACCAUCCAGUUCUUAUACAAAUAGAUACUGCUUGGGGUUCACAAAUCGGAGUGCAGUCUCCAAAAGAAGGUUCUGUCAAGGCUAAAUUAAAGGAACCUAAAGAGAAACCGAGCCAAUCACAAGAAGACAAUAACCAGGUAACAACUCUGUCCCAAGACUUGCAGAACAUGCAUCUUGCCAAAGAUGACACAGCGUCUCCAUCUGCUGGUUUACUAAUGCGAGGUUAUACACCCUCACCCCCGUCCACUGCCCCUCUUCCGUCGAAAUUUCCAGGGAAAGAACUAAUGAUGAACAGCAUACGAAGUGCCCCGAACUUGCCUUCCAAAUCUCGACACAAAGAUCUAAAUUUACCCGUAAAGUCGCUCAGAGGAAAAUCUCCAACUGCUAGUAGUGCCAGUUUACAGUUGCGUCAAGGGAGCGCCUUCGACAUUGAAUUUGGCAGUAGCUCCAAUUCAAAAUCAAUCUCAGAAUUUAAAGGGCGACCCGGAAAUUCCAGGGUACAAAAUCAAGAAAACGAACGAAUUAGUGAAAUUAAAAGCAGGCCGAAACGCGAUCUCUUGAUUUUACCAGUUAGAUCUAAGGAUGGUUUGAUUAGAAGGAUUCGACACAAAUAUUCUUCAUCAGAGAGUAUUACCACUAGUAGCAGCGGCGGCAGCAUGGAGAGCAUUAAAAGCAGUACUAGUGAAGGCAAUAGAAGUACCAGCAGCUCUGAAAGCAGACAGUCGGCUUCUCUAAGUUCACAUAGUUCUGAUUCAGGAGGCAACCGCCCUCAAUCUUACACAACUGCCCAAGGCAAUUUUCUAAUACAACAGCAAGUGAACAACAAACUUCAUAUCCUAAGUCCAAUAUCAGAUAAGUCGUCGCAAGAACCGAUAUCAGAAACUUCUGACAAUAAUAAAAAUAAUAACUCCCAAAAAUGUUCUCCAGAAUCGACGGUUAAACCCUCAGUAACUAACACUGAGGCGAAAUUUAAGAAAAGAUUUCCACAAAAUAAAAAUCUCUUGAGUCUGAGUUUGCACGAUAGACCUGAAAUACAGGGAUCUGAUAGCGGAAUCUCCAUUCAAAGUCGGGAAGGCGUCAAGUCCAGGUUUGGUUUUUUAACGGUAGAUUUGUCAGCACAUCCCUCUCAACACGAUUUUUCCGACCUACCGUUCGAUAUGCCCAAAUUAAGAAGACGGAGAAUAGUCCCGGAAGUAGCGUGUACGUCUGGAAGCGCUACCUCAGUAGAUCUCAGAGACUUACCGUUUGAUAUGCCUAAAUUGAGAAGACGUAUGAGGCUGCAGACUGGAAACCUUGAAGACAGCGCAUCUCAAGCUUCGUCGAGUCAAAGUGUCGUUGAAGGCACUAGGCGACCGAAAUUAACUUUAAAUUUAAGCGAUGCAGGUCUUAGACAACGACCUGGACUAGGUAUUACAUUGACGGGUAUUGGAUUAAAUAUUGCAAAUGAUGGGGCCUCUACUAGUCAGUAUAAUCCAACCACAUUUACUAUGUGCGAUAAUGUUAUUGACGCCAAUCAGCCUUUAGAAAAGCAAGGUUGGUUCCACGGAUCGAUAAGCAGAGUGGAAGCCGAAAAUGUGUUACGCGCUCUUCGAGAAGGAAGUUUUCUAGUCAGAAAUAGUGAAUCAAUCAAAAACGAUUACUCGUUAUCUUUAAAGAGUGCUAGAGGUUUUAUGCAUAUGAGGAUACAAAAAAAUGGGGUCGAUGGUUGUUUUAUUCUUGGACAGUUUAGUAAACCAUUUUCAUCGAUCCCGGAAAUGAUAAAACACUUUUCGAUGAAUCGCUUACCCAUACGUGGAGCGGAACAUAUGUGCUUAUUGCAACCCGUUAUCGCACAACUUUUGUGAUAAAAUUUGAUUGGAUUGCUCCUUUUGUGAUUUUUGUAAAAUGUUACUCAUCAUGUGGUUAACGUGUGAGGGACAUACCUAUAACUAUACACACAGCACGAAGAGAAUAGAACAUGCAGAAAUUUGUCAAAUUUCAAGACACCACUAACUGAAAACAUGAUAUUGAAUUUUAAUGCUGAAAUUUUCGGAUAUUUCUGCAUGCUCAAUGGAAUUUUUGUAUAUACCUACUAUGUAAGUCCAGUGUUGCCAGAUGACGAGACAAAUUUGCUAUAUACAUAAUAUGUAGAUUCAGUCCAGCAAGGUGUGAAAAAACUUGAAAACAGAGAUUUUGGUAACAUUUACAACAAUUUCAAACCAAGGAUGUUUUCAAAUUUAUUUUGCAAAAUACUUAUUGAAUUUCUAUAUUUCUAAAAUAAAAUAUAUAAAAAAAAUUGUCCUACGGUUGGCAGCACUGUUUACAUUUGAUAUAUUGAUCAAAAAGGAGCCUUUAGCGAAAACUGUGUAAUAAAAUAUAACAAAAAGCAAAUAACGUUACUUCCAUAAUCAAAAUUUUGUUAAUAAAAUAAUUUUACGUUAGCUACCGUAGACCGUCAAUUCUUGCAAUUUCAUUAACAAAUAACACCCUUGGACCGACGAUGGACCUUCUGCAUUAUCAUUAACAUAAAUUGUCAUGAGAUAAGACAAACAUCAACACCACUUAUUAUUUCUUGUUACAUGUUGAUGAUUUUUCUAUUAUAUACGAAGAUAGCACAUCGACAAUCGCCAAUCUACAAUGUUUUGGCGUAGAUGUUCUACCAUAGGCCUCCAUAUCAAGUGCAGGUACUAAGGUUACUUAAGGUUGUUUGUGAAAAAUUCAUGCAUGAGUCUUGUUGGUACAUAUAUUUGUUGCUUUUUAUUUAUUAGAAUAGUGAAAUUUAUUUCUGUUCUUUUUAUGAAACAAAACUGAUGAAAUCAACACGAAUUUAAAGGCUUGUAGGCUGCCGCUCAAAUAUCCACUGUUCAAAACUGUUUAAACGCUAACAAAUUUUGAGGCAGAACAAUUCGUGGAAGGCUAGUCAAAACAAAUUUUUAUAGUGUCCUUCAAAAGGCAAGAGUGCAAUAAUAAGCUAUUUUGUGAAUUCCAGUAUUAUUUUUGUUUUCGUUUAUUGUUAUAAAAUAUUAAUAAUGGUGUUCCAAUUAGUUCUGGAAGGAUUUUUCAAACUUAUUGCCAAAGAAAAUGACUGUGAAUAUUUUACAUACUUAUAUAUUAUAUACAUUUCAAAGUUAUAUUAGAAUUAAGAAUUAGGCCUUAGAUCAAUGUAACGUUAGAAGAGAAUCCUUAUAUUAAUACUUCUGCAUUUAUGGCUCUUUGUAGGUUAAGUUUUGUUGUUUUUACUCAUUUGCUCCUACAGUGUUUCAAAAAUAAUACCCCCCAACACCCCGCCCUAUUUAUCUUUGGUAAUAAAUUCAAAUCAAUUCAACUUUAUAUGUUUAUAAGUAAAAAUAAUAUAAAACAUUUUUAAAAUGGCAAUUACAAAUUACAAUUUAAAAUUAUAUUGCAUAUUGCUAAGGGUUUUGUAAUGCCCAAACUUGUAUUAGUUUUGGAACACAGUAUACGACAGAAUUCACAUUUACAUAUGUAGAGUGAUCAUUUAAUAGGUCUUUAAUAAUAAAUGUGUUAAUUAACAGUAUGGGACUGAAUAAA